CUCUGUUUUUGUUUCAAGAUUCCAGUUUGAAAUACCAAUCAAAUUUUCUUCGCUGGUUUUUUGAGCCGCUCCUUUGACCGUUUCAUACAUUUCUAGGUGACAAAUGUUGGCAUGCGUGUUUUAAGGGCAUGACUUGAUCACAUCAUGCUCAUUCUUCUUUGCAAUCCACUUGGCUUCAUCUUAUUCAGCUCGCCUCAUCAGUUACUAUAGAUGCGCCAAUAAUGGAUUCCUAUUAUAUAUAUGUUUAUUAUCACUCCUUGCAUGGUGGUGAUGUAGAUAAGAGAAGAGGCAGAGUCAAAAAGCUUCUGCAAUGAAAUAGGCGGAAAAUUACGGUGCUUAAGAUGUGGGUAAUAGAUUAGAGAUACCCAUAUGACUGUACAGAAUAGUGGAAAGGAAAUGAAGAACAUAAUUGGAUGGUGUGAAUGAAUUGGCAGGGGAAAAGAAGAAAAGAAUUGGAUGGUGUGAAUGAAUUGGCAGGGGAAAAGAAGAAAAGAAUUGGAUGGUGUGAAGGGAGUUAUGGCAGUGGAGAAGAUGGUGGUGGUGGUGGAGGAGGUGGAGGCAUCCAAAACAGCUCUGGUUUGGGCACUGCAGAAUGUUGUCAGGAGUGGCGAUGUCAUCACACUUUUGCAUGUAUCCCCCUCCUCUGAAACAACUCCAGGUCACAAGAAAAUGAGAAAUUUCAACAUGAAGAAAUCAAAUCAGAGGCUAUCUCGACUGAAGGGCUUUCAUUUAGCUCUUUCUUUUAAAGAUCUCUGUGACCGGGUACCAGAUGUAAAAGUGGAUAUAGUCGUGACAGAGGGUGAGGAAGGGCCAACAAUACUCUCUUUGGUGAAGAAAAUUGGAGCAUCUGCACUUAUCUUGGGUCUGCAUAAUCAGAGUUUCUUUUGCAGAGUUUUUGGAAGAAAGGUUACAUCAGAUUAUUGCAUCGAGAAUGCAGAUUGUCGGGUUCUUGCAGUUAAGCAUAACAAAACUGCAGGAAAACAUUAUUUUAAGCAGGAUAGAAUGGCCUCUGAAAUUCAAAUUUUGCAGUAUAGGUCUAAAAACAGGUCUUAGAUGACACCAAAAUCUAAAUAUUAUUGCCUAUUUGGAUUCCUCUCAAAAGUUUAUGCAAUUUCAAAACAAACAGCACCUCAUUUUGAGUUUGUAUGCAAAAUAUUAUGGCUUCUAGUUGGAAGAGGAAUGGUUAAAACUUAAAACUAUUAGAGUGCAGUUGUUUCAUCACUGCAGUGUUUAGUUUUGAAAUUACUUUAUGUUGCAUUUUCUCUCUGCUACAAGGAAAUGUACCAUUGUGUUCAAAGUUCUUUUCUUUUAACUUUUGACAACUUUUGAAUUUCAAUUUGGGCUUGUGAGGCUACUUAUGCA